AAAAACAGUUGGUCAGCGAAUCCAAUGGUAGAAGAUGAAAUAUGUCAAAUCACCCUCAAUCAGACCGUCCAUUUUCUCAUCAUCUCAAAACCAGAGACCUUCGGUCCCACCAAACCAGUCUUUCCCGCCUGCAAGCGACUACAUUUUUAGCCCAACUGCCAUCUCUCUAUCCGUUGCUUUGCAACACUAUAUCAAUUCAGAUUUUCCUUCCCAUGGCCAAAAGAUCCAUUCCCAUAUUCUUAAAAUUGGGUUCAAACCCAACACCAAUGUCUCUAUUAAGCUCCUUAUUCUCCAUUUGAAAUCGCGUUGUUUGAGAUAUGCACGCCAGCUGUUUGAUGAAAUGCCUCAGCCAACUCUGUCUGCUUAUAAUUAUAUGAUUAGUGGGUAUCUUAAACAUGGGAAAAUCGAAGAAUUGCUUAAUUUGGUUUCUAGACUGACCUUUUCUUAUGAAAAGCCUGAUGGGUUUACGUUUUCGAUGAUUUUAAAGGCGACUGGUUGUGCUAGUGGUGGGAUUUUUCCAUUGCCAUAUAGUUUAGGAAAAGUUGUACACGCCCAGAUACUGAGAUCUAAUGUUGAGUCUGAUGAUGUUCUUUAUACGGCACUUGUUGACUCGUAUGUUAAAAAUGGGAAGGUUGGUUAUGCAAGGAGGGUGUUCGACAUGAUGUUGGACAAGAAUGUGAUAUGUUCAACAUCAAUGAUUUCAGGUUACAUGAGUCAAGGGUCUGUGGAAGAUGCUGAAGAUAUUUUCAAGAGAACAGUUGAAAAAGAUGUGGUGGUUUUCAAUGCAAUGAUUGAAGGUUAUAGCAAAGCAGUUGAGACUGCUAUGAGAUCACUUGAAGUUUAUAUUGACAUGCAGCGGUUGAACUUCCGACCCACAAUGUCAACUUUUGCUAGUGUGAUUGGGGCUUGCUCAGUUUUGACAGUGUAUGAAAUUGGUCAACAAGUUCAAAGUCAGCUUGUGAAGAUGGAUUUCUACAAUGACAUAAAAAUGGGAAGUGCUCUUAUAGACAUGUACUCAAAAUGUGGAAGAAUUGAGGAUGCGCGGAGAGUUUUUGACCACAUGCCUGAAAAGAAUGUAUUUUCAUGGACUUCCAUGAUUGAUGGAUAUGGGAAGAAUGGAAAUUCCAAUGAAGCACUUGAGCUCUUCAGUAGGAUGCAAAUACAGUACCACGUCAAGCCCAACUAUGUUACAUUCCUUAGUGCUCUGUCAGCUUGUGGACAUGCUGGCUUAGUUGCUAAAGGCUGGACAAUAUUCGAGAGCAUGGAGAGAGAUUACUUGCUGAAACCGAGGAUGGAGCAUUAUGCUUGCAUGGUUGAUCUCCUUGGGCGUGCGGGAAGACUACAGCAGGCAUGGGAGUUUGUAAUGGGAAUGCCUGAGAAGCCUGGUUCUGAUGUUUGGGCAGCUUUGCUCAGUUCAUGUCAGCUGCAUGGUGAUGUAGAGAUGGCAAGUAUGGCUGCCCAUGAAAUUUUUAAGUUGAAUUCUGAUGGUAGGCCUGGGGCGUAUGUUGCACUAUCUAAUGCUUUGGCAGCUGCUGGAAAAUGGGACAGUGUUAGUGAAGUUAGGCAGUUAAUGAAGGUAAGAGGAGUAUCAAAAGAUACUGGCUGCAGUUGGGUAGGCACUGAUAGUGGUCCAUGAGGUUUCCAUAUCAAGAAAAAGAUGCAACCAGAGAAGGAAGGUGAAAGGAAUCUCUUCAAUAGCUUUACAAAACAUCAUACAUGAGUAUUGGCAAAGGUGCCCUUUUUGUAGAUUACAAUUUUAGGGUGCUUUUCUGUCUUUGGUUAGACUCUAACCAGUACAAAUCCAACAUUGCAUAUUUGCUUCUCCAAAUAGAAGCAUACUGUCACAGAUUUCAUGGUAGGAAAAUUUCCCCCCAAAAAAACUCUUCUUAACAUCCAUUUGGAGUCUUGUGCAAGUUCACUAAACACCGAAGGAUUUUUUAGUUUAUCUGAGAGAAUUAACAAAAUAAAAUGCCUUGGGGAACUUCUAUGCACCCAUCCUCCAGAAAGGCUGAAGUUAAGCACUCAGGCAAGGCUGUCUCUCCAGUGCUGGGGAAUUGUUUUCCAAUUGAUCAAUCAAGCUAAACACCUUUGGGGAUAAGUUUAAUCAGGAUUUAGGUAUUGAACUGCAUGAAGAAACUAGGAGCAUGAGAUUGCAGCUUACUGCAUGCUGAACUGGUGAUUAUUAAGUCUCAAUGUAAAGAGAAUGGAUCUUGAGGCCGUUUCUACCAUAAUCUGGGUAUUAUUCUUGAGUCCUGAGUGGAAGAAAUAACUCCUGGAUCAUCAGGAAUUCAGAAAUCUAGUGGAUAAUGAUAAGAUGAACAACAGUAAAAGCUAGAACGCGAUCUAGAAUUGAAGAAUUUCAGUAUCUGUUUGGCAUAAUUGAUGGAGGACAAACAUGGCCCUGUGUCCAAUAUCCCAGUGGGUGUAAAGGAGAUUAGUUUAUAGGGCUAUCACAAUUUCAUCAAUCACCUGAUGGCCCCUGGAAUUGUGAAGUUGCAAUUCCUCAGAGUGCUGUGGACAAUUUCUUUCCCAUUUAAUGGCAGUGCAAGUAUUUGAGACGUGGAUAUGGUCUGGUUGUUAAUGGUCUACUGAAUACAACAUAUUGGAAGAGAUCAUGAAAUGUGGGUUCCCUGACGGACAUCUUGGGAGGCUUCUGUUUUAAAUACAAGGAGUCAUGUUGUAGCAUUGGCCUGGUUGUAUGUUUUUCUUCCAAGUGCUAGGCCUCUUCAAAUCCAUGGCAGCUGGAAGCAGAUGAAUCACUCUUUUGAAGGAGAAAUCAAAGGUGAGACAUUGCCAUGGUUUCAGGGUGUAUUGCACAUAGUCUGACAUGCGUAUAUCAUAUAUGUUGUGUUUUGGCAUGAUUA